UUAACAAUAGUAGUCACGCAUGGUUAACACUUCUCUGCAGACGUUUCCUGGUACAUGAACGAAUCUUAAGCUGCUUCUUUGAAAAGACAACUAAGGCAUCUGUACGUUUUCCAAGCAUCUUAACAUGGACAUACCCAAAGAGUUGGCCGUGGUGGAGGAGGAGGUCAAGUGGGACAACAAGAUUCAGUACUUGCUCACCGUUGUUGGAUUUGCAGUUGGACUGGGAAACAUAUGGAGGUUUCCCUUCCUGUGCCAAAUUUACGGAGGAGGAGCGUUCCUCAUCCCGUACCUGCUGGCGCUGGUGAUUGAGGGCAUCCCCCUGCUGUACCUGGAGUUGGCUGUGGGACAGAAGCUGCGCAAAGGGAGUAUCGGAGUAUGGAUGUCCAUAUCCCCAUUUCUGGGUGGAGUGGGCAUUGGCUCCAUGAUGGUAUCUUUCCUGAUCGCCCUCUUCUACAACUCUGUCCUAGCUUGGGUGCUCUGGUACUUCUACAACUCGUGCCAAAGCCCACUGCCAUGGAGCCAGUGUCUCCAGGAUGAGCCAAGUGAGGUGGCAGAAUGUGAGAAGAGCACUCCAGUCAACUAUUUCUGGUACCGUGAGACGCUGAACAUCAUGCCUGACAUCGAGACCAGUGGGUCUCUGCAGUGGAAGUUGGUGAUCUGCCUAACCUGCGCCUGGGUGAUGCUGUAUCUCUGUUUCAUCAAAGGGAUCAAGUCAAUGGGAAAGGCAGUGUAUGUGACAACCCCUCUGCCCUACUUGAUCCUGACCAUCUUUCUGAUCCGUGCCCUCACCCUGCCUGGAGCUACAGAUGGACUGGUCUAUCUCUUCACUCCUGAUUGGGGGAUACUCAAGGACCCUCAGGUGUGGCUAGACGCCUCAACCCAGAUCUUCUUCUCUCUCUCAGUGGCAUUCGGAGGUCUCAUAGCGUUCUCCAGCUACAAUAACCAGCUAAACAACUGCGAGAAGGAUGCAGUCAUGGUGGGAAUAAUAAACAGUGCCACAUCCCUUUAUGCAUCCAUCUCCGUCUUUUCCAUUCUGGGCUUUAAAGCCAACAAUGCCUUGAUCACCUGCCGAGAACAAAACAUAAAGAUUUUGAAGAGCACCUUUGGUUUUGAGGCUGCGAGUAUAACAACAGAGAACUACGAUGACAUCCUGGACAAAAUAGUUUUGGAAUUUCCAUUCGAGAUGGGCAAACAGAAUCUGAGACCAUGUGACCUAAAAACCUUCCUAGACCAGAGCGCUUCUGGAACCGGCCUAGCGUUCAUCACGUUCACCGAAGCAGUGCUGGAGAUGCCUGGAUCACAAUUAUGGGCAGCAUUGUUCUUCCUGAUGCUCUUCAGCUUAGGCCUGUCCUCCAUGUUUGGCAUCUUUGAGGGAGUCCUUAAAUCUAUCCAUGACCUCAAUCUGCAGCCUAAACGGAUCCCCAAUUCACUUUUUACAGGUAUUGUCUGCUUUGUCUCUCUUUUGAUCUCUCUCAUCUUCACCCUGGGCUCUGGGAACUACUGGGUGGGGGUCUUCAACAGCUACGUGGGCUCCAUCCCCCUGCUCAUUAUCGCAUUUUUUGAAGUGGUCGGAGUCGUUUACGUCCACGGCAUGCAAAAGUUCACCGAUGACAUCUUUUUCAUGACCGGGAAGAGGCCCAAUAUUUACUGGAGGAUUUGUUGGCGUUACAUCAGUCCCAUAAUGCUCUUGGUGGUUUUGGUGGCGUAUGUGGUCCUCGAGGCAAAGAAUCAGCCCACAUAUGGCGCAUGGGACCCUGCUUAUGAAUUAUUUCCCCAAACGGAAGUGAAGACCUACCCAGGCUGGGUGUUUGCCAUCAUCAUCCUCCUUUGUGUGCUGCCUGUGAUUUCCAUCCCACUGGUGGCUCUCUACCACUUGAUCAAGGCGUAUUCCACCAACCCUAACGUAGCCCUAUACAAGUUUGAGAUGUUUGAAAUGCCAGCGUGGGGGCGGCGACGAGCGGAUCAGCAGCUUGCAAACGUGUAAAAAAACAAAAACAAAACAAAAAAACUUGGGUACGAGGGUUUUUCUGAGGCAAAAUUAAAAAUAAAGCCAAAUACAUGGAUAGUAUUUGGGGCCAUGCAUGAUUAUGCUGCAAUAUGAGCUGAUGUCGUGGAGGAAUGGCAUAACAACGGGUCUCAGGAUCUCUCCACGGUAUCGAAUGCUGGAGGAAACCGAGCACCCGGACAAAACCCACCACCCACCCACGCACGGGGACAACAUGCAAACUCCAGGAAUCCGAACCACGGUCUUCCUGAUCUCCCUACCGUGUGGCCAACAUGCUAACCACUCGGCCCUUCCAAAUGUAUUUUUGAAACUCUUUGAAUUUUUGAAACAAAUUGCAUACAGUUUAUUUGCUCAUGCAACAAAAUAGUCCAAAUGUUGCUUGUCACCUUGACAUUCUCACUUCACUGCUCAUUUCAAAGCCAGCUAUGCAUCAAUUUGUUCGUAAAAAUAUAAUUAAAUGCAUUGGCAAAUGUGUGUGUGAGGUUAGAUUCAUAUAUUCACAUUGACACUCCUGCUGUAAAUGAAAAGCGUGAUGCUGUGAUUGGUUGAAGUGGAGUACCACUAGUGGUGCGAGGGCACCAUCGAGACAAUUUGUAGACAUGAAAUUAAAUGCAAAUGUAAUAAGCCACACUGGAAAACGGAUACUUGAAAAUCAAAAUAUUUCAGAAAUUUUAAUUGUCAAGUUAUCUUUACAUUUCAUUUUGGCUACUGGCAGUGCUUUCCUUCACGGUAUGUUCUGGAGACGUGGUUUAACUUUGCUGAUGACAUUUCUGACUUUCAUGGAAAAAUACCACUAAGUGUAAACCAAAGUCCAUGUCUCACGCACGCUCACACACAGUAAGUAGUAAAGCAGCUUGGACCAUUUUCAAUUGCCCAUCUUUAUUGAUCUAGUAGGG